AUGACUGCGGAAAAAACACGUUCUGUCAUCCAACAGUGGGUGGACGCACUCAACACCGCCGACCAUACCACUCUUUUCGCUCUCGCUGCGCCAGAUGCGACCCACUGGAUCUCAGGUCUGGAAGAAAAGAUUCCCUACGCAGGUAGCCUGCCAUAUGCCGAGCGAUUAAAGCAAAUGGCCCCUAUCUUCGGCCAGAUGAAGAGCAUGAAAGUGAAAGUUCUUGGGCUUACCGUUGAAGGCGAUACGGGCGUGUUGGAGGUUGAGAGUAGAGGCGAGGGUCCUAAUGAAGGGCAGGUUUAUGAGAACAACGUGAUGAUGAAGUUCGUGGUGAAGGAGGAAAAGAUCCAGUCUAUCAGAGAAUACGUGGACUUUCUCGCGCUCUUCAAAUACCUUGGUAAGGAGCUGUGA